GUAGAGAGAAGGAAAAACCAUAUAAGAUGAAAGAUAAAAGUGGUGUAAGAAGAACUAACUUCUUAAUUAAGUCUGAAAUGCAGAGGUUGAAUGUAAUAUAUAACCAGACAUUCAUAUCCUGCAAAAGUGCUUCCAAUAUGUGGAAACUAUUUAAGGAAGUCACUGGUGGUAAGCAGAUGAACAAUAUUCCGUAUUCUUUUGAUGUAUGUACUCUUAACAAAUCUUUUAUUUACUCUCCCUCAAAUGCCAUUCUUCCCUGCAUCACUAGUGUUAAUAGUAGCCCAUUUUCAGGUUGUGACACAAAUGGUGUUCAAAAGUGCCUUAAGUAUCUAAACCCUUCCCAGAGCUUAGGUCCAGAUUAUAUAUCCAGUAUUAUUUUUAAAAAAUGUUCUGAUAUUCUGUGUCACCCUUUCACUGAUCUGUUUAACAAAUCUUUUUCCAGUAAUAUUGUGCCUGCCGUUUGGAAGGACAUUAAAGUUGUACCUAUACCUAAAUUAUCUACUGGAGCAUGUGUCAAAUCUAGACCCAUUGCUAUUACCUCUCCUUUUUUGAAAACUAUGGAGAAAUUACUUUUACUUAGUCUUCUACCUUCGCUUAAAUCCUUUAAUGAUCCUAAACAAUUUGCCUAUAAGCACAGUGGAAGCACUUUAGAUGCAGCUGCCGUCUUAUAUCAUAACAUUGUUUCCAGUCUAGACAAGGGGGCUAAAUUUGUUCGUUGUGCCUUCCUAGACUAUACAGCUGCUUUUGACUCGGUCCCUAGGGACAUCUUAUUAGAUAAACUUGCUGCAAGUCAAACAGAAUGUUGGGCUGUUAACUGGUUACAUUCCUAUUUCUCAGAAAGAAAGCAGUACACCGUGUAUAAAGGGAAGUAUUCCACUUCAUUGCCUGCUGAAGCUGGUGUCCCUCAGGGCGCUGUCCUUUCUCCUUUUCUUUUUUCUUUCUCGCAUGACUUGCCUCACUCUGAUGAAAUGAACUUUGUUAAGUACACUGAUGACUUAAGUUUCAAUGGCUGUUAACUCCCAGCUAGAUUGUACCAAAUUAAAUAGCUGUCUGUCGGGAGUCAGUAAAUGGUCUGAGUCUAACGGUCUUAAACUGAAUCCUUCUAAAUGUCAAACUGUUAAUUUCAGCUUAAGAUGUAAAAGGCAGUUAAAAGAAGUCAUCGAUUCUCAUGGCAGUUGUAAAAUUGACGACAAUGAUUUAGGAAUCAAGUCAGAAAUUAAGUAUCUUGGACUCAUUCUCUCUUCUGAUCUCUCCUGGUCUUCCCAUGUCUUAGCAAUCUCCAGUAAAAUAUUCCGCCUUACAUUUUACAUUAAGAAGUUAAGGCAUUCAGGUAUAACUCAACCCCUCAUCCUACAGUUCAUAAACUCUUGCAUCCUACCUAUUCUUCUUUAUUGUUCACCCUUAUUCUUUCCUGGUUUGCUUAAAAAGGACUAUGUCACAAUUCGUAGAAUGCUAAAGACUGUCAGUAG